AUGGGUCAGAAGCAGGCAAAAGAAGCUAGGCGGGGAGGCGACGACGCUUGCAUUGUAGCUUUGGAUAAGAUGUGGGAGAAGAAGGAGGUUUCUGACUGGGAAAGAGACAAGCAGAGAAAGGAGAGGUACAUGGCUGCAAUUGAGGUAGACAAGGCUGCACUUGAGGUACAGAAGGCUUCACUUGAGCUUGAGAAGAAGCGAUUGUCAAAUGAAGAAAAAAAAGUUAAAGCGGACUUGCUGAAGGAGGAGAAAGAAAUAAUGUUAGCGGACACGAGCUCCCUCGACCCGAUGCAGCUGCAGUGGCUUGACAUAAUGAAGAAGAACAUACUUGCACGACAUAUGGCAAAUUAG